AUGCUGAGGAGGAUGACAUCAUCCCUAAAGGACAGUGUGGGUCACGAAAGCAGCACCAGUCCAUUGAUCUUGCCCUUUCCAAACGAUUGAUCUGGGACUCGCUCAUCCUGGAACGACGGUCUUCCGGCUGGAUCUCGAACGAUGCAAAGUCUUGCUUCGAUCGCAUCGUUCACUGGGUAGCGAAGACGACAUUGCGGCGAUUCGGCCUGCCGGUCACUGUCACCAACCUAAUGUUCGAUAUCUUGGCAAAGGCUAAGCACAGAGUCCGAACUGGCUUUGGCGACUCAGAUCGGACCUUUGGGCCCACUGGCGCUGUUCCCUUCCAGGGCUGCGGUCAAGGCAAUGGCGCAGGCCCCUGCAUCUGGGUGGCGAUCAGUGCAAUCCUCAUUGACGCCAUGGAGGCCGAGGGAUUUGGGUACAAGAGCAGCACUGCCCUCACCAACAAGGAGUUCUUCGCUUCGUGCUUCUGCUUUGUGGAUGACACCGAUGUCAUGGAGUCCAACGACAACGUGGAGACAACUGGCGAAGACCUCCUCCCGUCGGUACAGUCGGCUUUGGACCUUUGGUCGGGUGGCAUCAGUGCCACUGGUGGAGCUAUCAACCCGGCGAAGUCCUUCUGGUGGCUGAUUCAUUUCAAAUGGCGGCCGUCCUCUGGCACGUGGGUGUUUCGAAGGAAGGCUGAAAUGCCUGGCGAACUGACCCUCCGAGAACCGAAUGGGCCGUGGGCUACACUUCGACGCCUCCAACCCGAUGAAUCUGAACGGACCCUGGGCGUCAUGAUGGCCCCACUUGAGACUGGAACCGCACAACACCUUGCCCUGCGGGAGAAGGCCAAGACCUGGGCAGCCAAGUUCCGUCCCCAACAUCUACUUCGCUAUGACGUUCUUCCCUUGCUCAAGGCAACCGCCUUGAAAACCUUGGAGUACGUGAUGCCCCUUUCCACACUGGGCCGCUCCGACUGGGUGUCCAUCAUGUCACCAAUCCUCCAAGCAAGUUUGCACAAAGCUGGGGUUUGCCGUUCCUUUCCCCGCGUCGUGGUCUUUGCCCCUCUGAAGUACCAGGGACUGGGUAUCCCGCAUCCUUUUGCCCUUCAAGUCUUCCACCAUCUCAGUGUUCUGAUGCGCCAUUCGGCCAACCGUACCAAGACCGGCCAGUACCUGGAGGCCAACCUACAGUCCCACCAACUCGAAAC